AACUCAGUCUAUGACGUCACAGGUAGUUGUCCUUAUAAACAUUAGCCGCUCCCGCUGGGCGACGAGUCCCCUGUGCCCGCAAAGUAUUCGGCGGAACCGAGCCGACCCGGAAAUGUCUCCUCGGUCGACUGGACAAGCUUCGGGGAGAAAGAGCGGAUGUUAGCGAUGGACCGCUGGUUCUGUUCGGACUCUAUCAAGUAACGGGCGGACCGCGCCGACAUGAGAACACUUUUGGCGCCGCCGCUGCUGCUGUUGCUGCUCGGCACGCGCGCUGCCUUCACGGCCGCCAGGUCCUUGAACGCAGCACGGCACCUUCGCGUGGACCGAACCGAGUCAGAGAGAGACCUAAAGUGGUGGCGGUCCACCCUUGUGGAGAGGACAAGUCCCUUCGUGAUGGUGGAUGGGCAGAGGCGGAGCCUGGCAGAGGCGCUGCAGGCCGGUCACCCAGAGCGACUGCAGUGUGGCUUGGAAGUCCGAGGUCAGCUGCUCCUUCUGGACCUGGAGAAGAACCGCGACUUCCUGCCCAACGCGCCAAACAUCUUCUUCUACCUGCCAAACGGCACAGGCGUGUCCGCGACGGACGACCCCGUGACGCACUGUUAUUACCAUGGCAACGUGCGAGGGUUUCCUCGCUCCAGAGUGGCACUGAGCACCUGCCUGGGUCUCCGCGGCGUCAUCGCCAUCAACGCCACUCUGAGUUUUGAGCUGCGGCCGCAAGAGCUCCGCCCCUUCAAGCAGGACGUGGCGAGCGAAGGGGAUGAAGGAGAUGGAGACCACCUGCUGUACUCUACUGCUCACGUGGAGGGGGGGGCAGCGAGGGGGUGCGGGGUCUCGGUGGGCCCAGCACCCCCUCCCCUUCAGCACAGCAGUGUGGGACGCAGCAAGCGAGACAUCCUGUCGGAGACCAAGUACAUAGAACUGGUGCUGGUUGUGGACCACCAUGAGUUCAUCAACUACCAGAAGAACAACAGGACCAUCAUCUACCGCAUGCUGGACGUGGCCAACCAGGUGGACUGGUUCUACCGUCCUCUGAACGUGCGCGUGGCGUUGAUGGGUUUGGAGAUCUGGAGCGACAGCGACAAGAUCCGUGUGGAGAAGAACCCUACCGACACACUCAACAACUUUCUGGAGUGGCGGACCAGAGAGCUGCUUCCCCGCCUCCGCCACGACAACGCCCAGCUCGUCAUGGGCAGCGCCUUGGACGGCACCACGGUGGGCAUGGCGUCGCAGUCGUCCAUGUGCUCCAGAGACCGGUCGGGAGGGGUCAACGUGGAUCACCUGGUCAGCGUUCUGGGCGUGGCCUCCACGGUGGCCCACGAGCUGGGGCACAACCUUGGCAUGAGUCACGACACGGCCGAACGCCACUGCUCCUGCCGCAACGACGCCCGGCUGGGGGGCUGCAUCAUGGAGCCCUCGACCGGGUUCAUGCCCGGGCAGCAAUUCAGCAGCUGCAGCGCGUCCGACCUGUCCGUCAGCCUGCUGCACGGCGGCGGCAUGUGCUUGUUCAACGUGCCGCACCCAGAUCGCCUCGUGGGCGGACCCCGCUGUGGGAACCUGUAUGUGGAGCGUGGCGAGGAGUGCGACUGCGGCCUGAUGCAGGAGUGCCAGGACCCCUGUUGUAACGCGUCCACCUGUCUGCUGCGUCCUGGAGCUCAGUGCUCGUCCGACGGCGUCUGCUGCCACGACUGCCAGCUGCGGGCGGCGGGCUCCGUGUGCCGAGAGCCAAUCGGAGAGUGCGACUUGCCCGAGUUCUGCACGGGCUCCUCCCCCCAUUGCCCCCCCAAUGUCUUCCUGCAGAACGGCGAGACCUGCGAGGACGGCGCAUCCUUCUGUUACGGCGGCGUGUGUGCGAGCAUGCGGGCGCAGUGCCAGACGCUGUGGGGACCCGACGCCAGCAGCGCACCCACCGUUUGUUUCUCGUCGGUCAACAAACAAGGAAGCAAGUUCGGAAACUGCGGACAGAUGACCAACGGCUCCCACGCCCCCUGCGGGUCGGCUGACGUGCACUGCGGCAGGAUCCAGUGUCAGGGCGGGAGGGAGCGCCCCCUGCUGGGCACCAACGCCGAGAUCCUCACCACCACCGUGCGCUUCAACCACAGCGACCUGGUGUGUCGCGGCACCUUCUUCCACCUGGGAAACGACGUGUCCGACCCCGCCUUCGUGGCGGAAGGCUCCGCCUGUGGCCGCGGGAAGGCCUGUCUGGACCACAAGUGUCGGGACGCGUCCGUCUUUGGCGUGGACGAGUGCCGCAGGAAGUGCAACAGUCACGGCGUGUGCAACAGCAACAACAACUGCCAUUGCCAGGAGGGCUGGGCGCCGCCCGAUUGCGCCAGCGCCGGGCACGGGGGCAGCGUGGACAGCGGACCCGCGCACGCCGUCGCAGAGUCCGAUCCAGUCCGAGUCGCCAUGCUGGUCCUCUUCCUCUUCAUCCUGCCCACGGUCCUUCUCCUCCUUGCGCUACGCUUCGCCCGCGCCCGUGGACUUUGGUCACGUUUGCGAGUCCACAAGCUGUUUUCUAAAUCCACACAACACAACCGGACGCCAGCGACAGAGCGACAGAACGACGCGGACGUCGAGCAGGUGCGUCCGCUGAGAUACCAUGGCGACACGCUGACUGACAUUCCCGAGGCUCCGCCCCUCAUCCAGGUUUAUGACAGACCUGCUCCUCCCACUAAGCCACUCCCCUCGACCCCCGUAUUAACCCCCCCGCAGCCGCUAGUGAACCGGCCAGCUGCGCCCAAUAAGCCACUCCCCCCCAACCCUGUCUCACCUGGACAGGUAAAACACCUGUUGGGCAUUUGGCUAAGGUGUCGGACGCUCCGCCCAAACCAGCACUGCCCAAAAAGCCCUCGGAGGUCCCGCCCCUCCCCCACAGAGCAGCACUUGGCGCCAACGCACCGCCAGCCCAACGCUCUGCAGCGCUCGCUAACAGCCGACGCCCUCUUCCUCCAACACGACCCCGAGUCCCGCCCAGACCGCCCCCUGCUGCCAGCGGUGGUGUAGUGCCUUUCUCUCACCGGCCUGGAAUCUUUUAAACGCGGGAAGUUUUUUUUUUAUUUUUUUAGUCCAGACGACUGGGAGCCACGCCCACUUCCUGUCCAGAGGCGGGAAAAGGAAAAAGAGGGACGAUCUGGGGGUGACGAUGUCACUUUAUACUGCUUGACAAAAUAAAGUCAUGUGAUUACA